AUGGCGCAGCGGUUCCGGGUCCUGCGGUGCUGCCGCUGCCGCCGCUCAAGUGCACCCGGUGGGGUGGGGGACGGGAUGGACGGGAUGGAUGGGACGGGGGCCAAGCGCGGCGGGAAGUGGAGCUGCAGCGUGUGCGGGCAGUCGCAGGCCGUGCAGAAGGUGUACGGGCAGGGCUCCGGCCCGGACUGCAGGCACCACGUCCAGAAGUUAAACUUGCUGCAGGGAGAGGCAGAGGAAGCGCUUGGCUGGACAUCUUGGUGCGUAGAAGACUCUGUAAAUGACAGCAAAAACAGAGCAGCACAACGUGAGGACAGUUCAGUCCAGCAGGAGGGAAGUCAGACGUUUGAAGGGAGUCGCUGGAGUAAAUAUCUGGACCAGGAGAGUGAGGAUCAGGACGACGGGGAGGAGGAGGCAGCUCUAGCAAGGCAACAGUUCUGUUCCCAGAGGAAGAACACUGUGGGAGAACAAAGGAAACAUCGGAAAAGCUUCCUCUCCAGUGAUGUUCCGGAGCAUGCAGAAGAAAAUGGAGUUUUCCAGCCUGUCUACCAAGCCAAAAAGGUUAAAACCACUGAGCACAAGAAAUGCUUUGCAGCAGUGCCUGAUGGGGAUGGCAGAGAUGGUGUUUCUGGAGGCAGCGUGGUUCCUGCUGUCUGUGAGGCUGCAGUGCCUGAGGACAACACACAACCCCCAACCACCUGUGCCAGACCAUCGAAGUGGGGGAAAUUUCUCUCAUCUUCUGACAACUCCAGUGAAAACACUGCUGGGGUGACCUUGUCACUGUGGGGGAGCAGUGCAGGUUUGGGGCUGGACAGCACCACUGCAGCAGGUGCUGGUGGGGCCAGGAGAUGCUCAGAACAGGCUGGAGGAACUCAGCCUCAAGGUACAGGUUUUAAAUUUAAAAAGUGUGGUGCCAGCACUGAGGGUCUGGCUAUGAAAUUGCCCAGCACCAGAUGCUCAGCUGAGGAUGUGUCCAAAGAACCUCAGAGUCAGAUAGAAACUACUGCAGGAAGGUGCUGUUUGGAUAACACCAGCAGGGCAAAUACCCUUGUUAACUCUAACCCCAGGCCAAAGCUGAGCAACAUUUCUUGUGAAAAACUCUUUUGCACAGGUGAGGAGUUUGAUGAUGAUCUCUGAGAAGUUCAGACAUCUUUGGCAUUGCUUUCUUGUCUCUAUAAUGUAUGUCAAGCACUGAGGCACAAUUUUUAACUGAAGGUGGCUUCACUCUAAGCCAUUAUUAGAACUACACUAUUAAAGUUGUUUACUUGCUUUAUGGUUGUGUUUGGGGGGGAGGGACCAUUGCUCUCAGGUUACAGUGUUGUCUAGCAACCUCAGCAGCUAGAAAUAGGAAUGGAAGUAGGUCAGUUUGUGGGGAGAAAGCUCCCAGGCUUUAAGAACUCCUUGCCAGUACAAUUAAAUACUGUGAUUAACUCCUCCUUACACAAUCACAGCUCUUUUCCCCUGUACUACAUCUUUGUUUAGAUCUCCCAUAGCAACCCUUUCUUCCAGAGCUGCAGAGCCAGCAAAGCACUGGAUUUCCUUUCCUUAGUGUAGCUCUAAGUGUGCAAAGUAUGUGCAAAAAGGCAGCCCUAGGCUGAUUUCAGCCUAGUCCCUACACUCUGUUAACUAAGUUACAGUACAUAAAGCAAUAAAGCUGUGAUACUGAAACUCUCAGACACAUCACAUGCAGUAGUAUUUAUUUAUCCUUCGUUCUACAAGCACAUAAGAACAUGAGACAGAAACCCUUAGCAGGAAGAAAAGAUGUACUGCAAUGACUUUUGCUAUAUUGUCUUCUUUCAGUUAGAAAAGUGCUUUUUGUUACUACUACAAGUGAGGUGGCUGCUUGGAGUACUGGAUGGCAUCUAGUGCUGCCCCAAUGUCGCAGUUCUUUGUCUGCAGGAGUCGAGUGAGCCAUCCACCCUCAUCAGAGAAGCCCAUGGAGAGCAUCUGGGACAGGGACUCAAUGAGGCGAGGGUCUGCUUCUGUGAAGAGAAAAAUGGUUUAGAGUUCAACUAUUUCAUGUAAUCAGUAAAGCAGCCAAGGCUCUAAUACCACACAGGAAGUGCGUGGCACAAAU